AUGCGGCCUCCUGUUUUGCAGAUGGACAACGGGGUGGUCCUCAAAGACUUCAAGCAGACCAGGACCAAGGAGCAGAUCAUUGCUGUGCUGCUCCGUUUCACGGAUGGUUGCCCCCUUAUCCUGAAAGCCUAUGAAAAUCGAUUAAAUGCCAUCAAGGAGGCAUUACUACAGUCUCCGUUUUUCCGAUGUCAUGAGUUCAUCGGGAGCUCCUUGCUGUUCGUCCACGAGAAGAAGGGGAGUGUCAACGUCUGGAUGAUCGACUUUGGCAAGACGACCGUCCUGCCUGAGGGCCACACCCUGCAGCACAACCGGCCUUGGGAGGAGGGGAACCGCGAGGAUGGUUACCUACUGGGGCUGGACAACCUCCUGGGCAUCUUCUCUGCCACCUUGGCCAAGCAAGAGAACGCGGCCGCACCAAGUGGCGAGGUCUCAGAGAGGCCACCUGUUCACCGGUAGGGGAUUGGGGGAGGGAGGGAGGUAGGAAAUACCACGUCUCUCGCCCGCGGGGUAGAUGUUACGGGUGGAGGUGACUAGUUUGGUAGCGACUGGCGCAUUGUCCGGUCGGGGUAAUGAGGGGCUCCCUGAAUCCACAUCUUGGGCUAGACCUCUGCCCCUCAUCCUUGGGGGGGCUCACCACUUAAAUGCCCCGCGCCCCUUCAGUCAACGGUGCACCCCGUUCCCCUGACUGCAUGAUAACCCUCUCCCUGACGUGCCACAUUGUACAUAUGGGUUAACCCCUUCACGCGCACACUGAUUACAACACGCUCUGUACCCCACCUCCCCUCCCCCUACAUCAAAUACCCCCCCAGGACAGGGACAGCACGGGGUUAGAUACA